AUGGCUAAAGUAGACUUCACUGCAGAAGACAAUAGGCUGUAUUCAAAGCCAGAAUGGUGGGAUCAAGAAUACAAAAAAUGCGAUCCAAACCAACAUUAUGAGUGGCUUACUGGUCCAAAAGAUGCAAAUUUCUUAAAAUGCAUUCUUAGUUAUCUUAAAGAUCCAAAUAUGAAGAUCCCUAACGUAGGUUGCGGAAUUUCGCACAUCCAAGAUGUCAUUUACGAUCAAGGCUACCAUGAUAUCACCAACAUUGAUAUCUCCCCAACCUGCAUCAAAAACAUGAAAGAUACAGAUACAAGAGGUAUGAAAUGGGAAGUUGCCGAUAUUCUUCAGCCAUUCCCAUUCGAACCAGAAUUAUUUGAUCUUGUUAUCGACAAAGCUACACUUGAUGCCGUCAUUUUAAGUGACGCUGAUAAAUGGGAUAUUGAAGACUCGGUAUAUGAAAUCCCAACUAAGUACUUCCACAACGUUGCCAAAAUUUUGAAGCCAGGAGGUACAUUUAUCCAGAUUACAUUCGGUAUGCCUCAUUUCAGAAAGCGUUUAUUUGAGAAGAGCGGAGUGAACUGGACUGUUACAUCACAUGAAAUUCAGCCAGAUCACUCUUUCGAGUUUUAUUGCUAUGAGUGUGUGAAAAGUGUUUAA